GGGGGCUCACCCGGCUCUGUGGCCGCAGCUGCGCAGCUGGGACUAUCAGCUGCGGGAGGGGGCGGACCUGGGAACCGUCUUGUGACCUCACUGCUCCACGCUAUGCUGGGAAUCAAGACCAGUUAAUACUGCUGACUUCGAGGCUCCAGGUGUCAAAAACUUUCACUGUGAAAAUGCCAGGACCAGGUCCCCACCGCCUAGCACACAAAUUGUUACUGUCCUCGGAAGGAAACAAAGUGAAGAGAUACACCCAAGACUAAGAACUAGCCAACGACCGGUUCCCACCGCUCCCCAGGAGCCAUAGCAAAGAUAUAUUAGUGUGACCAUUGUUUUUAAUGGAAGAUGAUUGAAAGUGAAAACUUAAAUCGAGGUGAAAUCAUUAAAGAACUGUGUUUGUGCAAUGGUUUAUCUUAUGAGAUGGUUGGACAGGAAGGAUCAGAUACUUCAAAACUGGAGAUGUUUUUCUCAGGGUAUCCCCGAAUAGUUGGAUUAUCAUUGUUUCAUAAUUUAUCAAGUCUUACAAUUGUUGCUCAAGAUAUAAAGGAAAUUUCAGGGUUGGAGACUUGCUUACGGCUUAAAGAACUUUGGAUUGCAGAAUGCUGCAUAGAGAAAAUUGAAGGCCUUCAAGGAUGUAGAAAUUUGGAAAAAUUAUAUUUAUAUUACAAUAAAAUUUACAAAAUAGAAAAUUUGGAGAAGUUAAUAAAAUUGGAAGUUCUGUGGCUGAACCACAAUAUGAUAAGAAAUAUUGAGGGCUUGCAGACUUUGAAGACUCUAAAAGACCUCAACCUUGCAGGAAACCGAAUCAGCAGCAUCGGUCGAUGUCUUGAUCCCAAUGAACAACUGGAAAAACUAAACCUUUCUGGAAAUCAAAUUACUUCUUUCAAGGACCUCACUAAUCUGACCAAGCUCACUCGCUUAAAGGAUUUAUCUCUGAAUGAUCCUCAGUAUAAAUCUAAUCCGGUGUGUCAACUGUGUAACUACUCCACCCAUGUGCUGUACCACUUGCCUUCUCUUCAACGACUUGACACGUUUGAUGUCUCAGCGAAGCAAAUCAAGGAGCUGGCAGAUUCCACAGCAAUGAAAAAAAUAAUGUAUUAUAACAUGCGAAUAAAAACCGUUCAGAGACAUUUGAAUGAAGAACUUGAAAAACUGAAUGACAGGAAAUGCAAGUUACAGAAGCUACCAGAAGAACGGAUAAAAUUAUUCAACUUUGCAAAGAAAACGUUAGAACGGGAACUGGCUGAGCUCAAGAUCUCUGGCAAAGGGCAGAGCGAUACUGCGCCGGAGACUGAGAAACCCCGGAAUAGCGAGGCCAUCACGCAGGAGUCCAUUCUGCAGCAGAAGAUACUGACCAAGCUGAAUGCCCUGGAUGACAGAGUCACGUUCUGGAACAAGAAGCUCCAUGAAAUUGAAGCAAUCUAUCGUACUGAAGUCAAACAGAAGAAGAAGAGCCACGGCUUACUGACCCCGUUUCUGCUGACCGAGCUGGAGACUGUGGGGAACAUCCAUUUUGAAGAAGGCACUCGAGCUGAUGAAUGGUUUAAUUCCUGCUAUGAACUAAUUCUCUCACGUUUCUGCACCUGGGACUUCAGAGCAUACGGCAUCACAGGGGUGAAAGUCAAGCGUGUCAUUAAAGUUAACAACCGUAUUCUGAGACUGAGAUUUGAAGAGAAAUUCCAAAAGUGUUUGGAUCUUGAAGACAUACAAGACUCGGAGACCUACCGAAAGAUGCUGGAGUGCCUUUUCUAUGUCUUUGAUCCUGAAGUGACAGUAAAGAAAAAGCAUCUGCUACAAAUACUUGAAAGGGGAUUCAAAGACAGUGACACAAGCAAGCCUCCUCUCAGAAAGGAAGCUGUUACCCUUGUGAACAGCCUCAGUAUGUGUGAGUGUCCCCGAAUUGAGUUCCUCCAGCAGAAGUACAAGGAGGAGAAGAAAUGCCCGUCGGAGAGUGACCUCUACAGACAUGGCACCAUCCUCAUUGCGAAGGUUUUUCUUGGCCAGAGUAUUCAGGCUCGUGACCAGGAGCCCAUCAGUAAAGCCAACUAUCCCAUGGUUAACUCGGUGUUUGUUCCUCAGAGACAUGUGCUAAGACAGAGAACUUGUGACUGUGGCUAUCGGCAGUACAAAUGGUUUGUCUUCGACCAUGACCUCGUUUUGCCAGAGUACAUCGUUGAGUUUGAGUACACUACAGUGGUCAAAGUCCACUCUUUAUUUUCUACAUUAAACAAUGUUAUUCUAGAAGAAGGCAAAAAGUACUCUGAAGGAUUAGUAUUCUCACAGGAUUUGAAAUUUGAUGAUGAAGUUCUGAAGAUGGAGCCCAGGAUUAAGCCCCGCCCAAAACUCAUUAGUUUGGAUGAGAAGACAAUAAUUUCCCUUGCUAAGACUAAUAUUUACAGCCAUAUUGUGAAUCUGAAUCUACACGGGAAUAGCUUGAGUAAGCUGAGAGAUCUUUCCAAGUUAACUGGGCUUCGAAAACUGAACAUCAGCUUUAACGAGUUCACUUGCUUAGACGAUGUGUACCACCUGUACAACCUUGAGUAUUUGGAUGCCAGCCAUAACCAUGUGAUAACCCUGGAGGGAUUCAGAGGCCUGAUGAAACUGAAGCAUUUAGACUUGAGCUGGAACCAGCUGAAGAAGACUGGCGAAGAGAUCAACGUAUUGUGCAAACAUACCACCAGCCUUCUCACCCUUGACAUUCAGCACAACCCCUGGCAGAAGCCAGCCACAUUGAGGCUGAGUGUUAUUGGCAGACUAAAGACUCUUACACACUUAGAUGGACUCCUCAUCUCUGAAGAAGAAACCAGAGCGGCUCUGAAGUUCAUUAGUGGAACAAAGAUUACUCAGUUAACUCUCUUGCAGCAUUCUAGCUCUAAAGAGGAGAGACCCCGGAUGCUUAGUAUAUGGCCUUCUGCCAAAAUUCUGACCCAGAUUUCAAAGCUAGGACCCCACUUUCAUCUGACUGGGAACUGGUACUUGAAGAUAACUGCCUUAAAUUUAGAUGGACAACAUCUCUUUGAAAUCACAAAUCUAGAAAAAUUGGAGAAUUUGAAAUGGGCAUCGUUCAGCAAUAAUAACCUCUCCAAAAUGGAAGGCCUCGAGUCCUGUGUCAACCUGGAGGAGCUCACAUUAGAUGGGAACUGCAUCUCAAAGAUAGAAGGCAUCACCAGGCUGACUAAAUUAAGCCGCCUCAGCAUGAACAACAACCUUCUCACAGGCCUGGAAAAGCAUACAUUUGAUAACAUGCUUCAUCUCCACUCCCUCUCUCUUGAGAACAACAGGAUCACAUCACUGAGUGCUUUACAAAAGACAUUCACUCUGAUCGAGUUGUACAUAAGCAAUAACUACAUAGCUGUGAACCAAGAGAUCUACAACUUAAAGGGUUUAUGCAACUUGGUCAUUCUAGACAUGUAUGGAAACAUUAUUAUAUGGAACCAGGAAAACUAUCGAUUGUUUGUAAUAUUUCAUCUUCCAGAACUGAAGGCCUUGGAUGGAAUCUCAAUUGAACCAUCAGAAACUGAGAAUGCAAAAGAUUUGUUCGGUGGUCGACUCACCUCCGACAUGAUUGCUGAACGACAAGGACACUCAAACUUUGUCCAAAUGCAAGAGCUAAACUGGACUUCAUCAUCCAUCAGGACUGUGGAUCUGAUUCCUGUUGACCACUUCAGGAAUGUGAGCAAUGUGAAUCUCCAAAACAACAACCUCACCUCAUUCAGCGGCCUCAUCUACCUGCCCAACGUGAAGGCACGUGGCUGCAGAGCCAUAUUUGCCCUCAAAGACAUCAGCACAAGUUUUAAUCUUCAUUUACAUUAAAAUGUAUUUCCUU